GGGCCCAGAUAAUGUAGAAGAUCGCUUAAAAAGACUCCACAAAUAUUUAAUUGUUAUCAAUUAUUCUUAGAAUAGUGAUGAAGGAUAUUUAUUUUUCGGAAUGUAGAGAAACUGGUGUCUGUGUCUAGCUAGCAUAGUGUGUAGGUCUCAAGUGCCGACUAGAAUGUAGUAGCUAACAGCCGUUUAGCUAGCUAGAUAACGUUAGCUAUUCAAAAUUGCUCGUGCAUCAUUCUUGUUUGUGGUUACAUUUUGUUUUUACCACAAACAAAAGUGGGACUGAUGACUAGUUUAUCAUUGGCACCACCGAGUUGACUGAUAGCUAGAUUGACUUCAACUUCGUACCUAACAUUUUCAUUCACAUGAACGUUAGCUACUGUUAAAUUGGCUAGCUAGCAAGUCAGCUAGUAGCUAGUUAGCUAGUCCACAACUACACAUGUAGCGUUCUAACAUUAGCGUGGUGGAGGGGAGGUAGAUCACUAGUCUAACAACUAACGUUACCGAAAGGUCGCCUGGUUUCAUUAUCAUACGUUUCGUGCAGGCCAUUGUGAAAUGAAUCCUAGACAGAACGGUUGGUUAAUUAGUUUAGUCAGCAAGUUAUGUUAUAUGUUAGCGACGAGUAGCCCACUCACUGCAACCAAGGCCCUUUAGCUCAUGUUGGGACUGACUUUAGCUGCCUGUUAUCUCCCUUUAGUUAGCUAACCAGAGACCACUCAGUUUAAUUAAACUGUUGUUUUGCCUGAUACUGUAAAAUUAAGUCAUUUACACCUCACGGAUCCGCUUUGACGGCAGCAUUAUCGUUCUGGUGGAAACACUGGCAAUAUCAAAUGUGUCUAUGAACCCCAGUGGAAUUUCGCUGUCACCACAAGGCGAUCCAUCAUGGUUUUAUAAAUAACACCUAGCUGGCUGGUCGAGCAUGUGCUGUCUGACUUCAGCAUGCUGUCCUGUCACCAGGGUUUCCACUUGGCAUGUUCCAUUGGAGCUCACUGCUAUAUGGAUAUAGCCUAAUCAGAUGGCUUUGAAUUUUAACUUUGAAGCCACCUCGGAGUGGAUCCAGUUCUUCAAAGAUGCUGGGAUACCUGCUGGUCUGGCUGUCAACUAUGCCGUGUCUUUUGUGGACAACAGGGUCCAGAAGAACAUGCUGAUGGACCUCAGUAAGGAGAUCAUGAUGGACCUGGGCAUCACUGUCAUCGGUGACAUUAUUGCCAUCCUCAAACACGCCAAACAGGUCUACCGACAGCAGUUACUCCAAUACUGCCUCUCUCCCACCUCCCCUUCCCGUCUCCAGGACAUGUGCAAAAUGGCCACACAGGCCAUAACCUCAGGACAGUCCAGCAUUCAGACCGAACUCCGAAGAACUGCCAACACCCCCGCCACACGUAUGAUUGCCAACGCCUUGAGCCGCGACUCACCGCCAAACACACCAGCCCAUCACCCUGACAACCGGGCAAUCUCUGUGACAGUGUCCAACAAACAGGCCAAAGGUGGCAAAGCAGUGCUGAGCCGGCCUGCUGACGAGGGGAACGGUCUGCCGGUGAAGCGUCGGCGCGUGACUGCAGAGAUGGAAGGCAAGUACAUCAUCAACAUGCCCAAAGGCACCACGGCACGCACCGCCCGAAUCCUGGCCCAGCAGGCCAAGAAAGGGAGCAAGCGGAUGUCUGUGUUUGAGCGACUGGGAGCCGAGUCCAAGGCAGAUACCACCACGGGCAGCAGCAAGGGCAUGGCCUCUCUGCUCUCAUGGCCCGUCUCUCUCCAGGCCACGGGUGUGUUCAGUCGUCUGGGCCGAGCAGAUGGCGCGGAGGAGGAGCAGGGAACUGCAGGAAGGGUUGAUGUAGACGGAGUGGAAGAGGAGGAGGAGGAGGAUGAUAGUGACGGAGAGGGUUCGGUCCUACAGUACGCUGGCGUCCUCAAGCGACUCCCACCCUCCCAGAAGAAAGAGCCUGUGGCCCCCAAGCUGGCCCCCACCACCCUCCGCCGCCUGGGAGGGAAAUUCAAACUCCCACCCACUGAUUCUCCCUCCUCCUCUUCCUCCCCCGAUGGCCUCCCCCCUGCCAAGCUCAGCGUGCUUCAGAGACUGGGCAAGCCCCCUGCCUCCCCACCGCCUGCCGACACCCAGGACAGCCGGGUGACCAGCACCAGAAAUAAGGCCCGGCCAGGCCUGGCCCUGGCUAGCCCCAAGGUCAGCAGCAGCACCAGGGCUGGAGGAGGAGAGAGUUUUGGGGCUCAGAUGGACGUAGGGUCAGUCAAUGUCUUUAAGAGACUAGGCAGCAGGAGGACCUAACACAUAUCAGGUCAUGUCUAGACUUAAACCGUACCUUUUUAUUAUUUGGUAUUAUUCCCCUUACGUGUUGGAGUCAUGAAAAUCAUUGUGUUAUUAUAUCCAACCUUAGAGGUUUGAGACGACCACUGCAAUCGGCCUGGGUGAAUGAACAUUUUGGAUGUUUCAUCAGGUUUUGAAAGGUAAGUUUAGUUUCUAUAGGCAUAAAUUUGACCCAUCCGAGCUAACUACAUUUUUAGGUUAGACACAUUUUCUCCACGCUGCUGUUCCUCUGCCAAACAAGGAGAUUAAACCUUCUGUACCCAUCUCCAGCUUUUAGUUGUAUUGUUUUAUACUAUUGUUAUGGCAUGGAACCAACACUGGCCUCUUGACCUCAUAUGCCUCCAGUUGGGGAUGCCAUCCGUUACACCCCCCCCCGGAAGGCUAGUUAUUGUGACAUGUUGAUAACAUCACAUAAAGAGCUAACCAGGGUACCAACAGAGACCUGUUUGUGCUAACAUUCCACUCCUUGUCAUGCUAUGUUUGUUAUGUGAGGGGUGGAAUGUUAGCACAAAACAGGUCUGUAUUGUAGGCUUUUACGGAGAGCUGCUUCUAGUGAAGCUGGCUAAGUGACACAAUGGAUUGUUGGAAUGCACGAUGUAACGUUAUUCCCCGUAUCACGUAAGCACUCACCUCACUUGGGCCGUGAUGACCUGGUACAGGAGAAGUACAGUCCACUGCGAAGACUUUAAUGCUGUAACUCUGGCCCUAGACUGGACAGCAGCAACUGGCAAACAGCACAUCAAUGAACCUCUCAACCCACAAGCAAGAGCAUCUCAUCACCUCAUUUUAUAUGAACUGUAUCUGUAGAAAUGUGUAAAUGCAUAUUGCUUGAUGAUGCCUACCUUUUUUGAAGGCUCCACCGCCACAUUGAUCCUCUGGUUGUGUACAGCCAUCUGCUUGAAAGCCAAGAGAUUCUGAGUUGUCUGUUCACGGAAAAGGAAGUUACCCACCCUUGACCUGGAAGUAGAUUUUAUUGUGAGUCCGGGGCUUAUUCAGUACGUAGAAAUGUAACGGAUAGAGCUCACAUGAUGCUUUAGUUGACUAACAAGAGAAGCAUGUUAGUUCUGCACCAUACCCUUUCUAUCUAAAUGUGUAAUGUGCUUUCCUCUAUAAGCCCCUGGUUUGUCAUAAUUCAGCAUGGUAUAGGAACUGAUAUGUAAUGUCCCCUUGAUAUUGAUGCAAUACUUAGCAGGUGUUCACCCAACUCAAUGUCAUUUUGAGACGGUCUUUUAUUUAUUUUUUAUUAAACUUCACACCGGAACUUUGCUACACUGUAUAUAUAUAUAUAUUUUGAAAAUCAUGACAAAAAAAACAAACAUCCAAGGUUUUAUUGUUUUUAAGAUGUAAUGGAACAAGGCACCCUGCCUUCAGAAAGUGAUCUUGAAG